AACAGGAACACCAGCAAGAAGAAAAGUCAUCUGAAAGUGAUAACAUUCAACCAGCCGACUUUAAGAGCAUACAAGAUGCAUUAGAGAAAUUUAAAAAGGAUUGGGAAGAAAAUUCUAAGAAAGAAUAAUACAAUAGACUAUGGGUCUAAAAUGCAGAAACAGUAAACCUUUUAAAAAUAAAGGAAUGGAGUGUGCUUUUCAUACACUGAACCGACAUUACAUACGAAUGAAGAAGAAAGACCGGAAAGAGAACACAGACAUACUAUUUUCAGUUUUAGAGGAACUGCUCAAAGCUAUGCGUUCUUGUGACAAUCUUUUCAACAAUCUCAAGCCAAGGCUGGAUUUUCUUGGCAGUUACUUCGACAGAAUACGCGUCGGCCAACCAACUGAGUAUGACAUCAAUGUUAUUUUAACUUUUCCCAUUAACUAUGAUAAAAUCAAAUUGGACGCGACAGACUGUCAACAUGAUUACUCGGCUAUCAUCAUGCCGUCCGAGUUUCGAAGGCUUUCCUCAACACCAGCAACAGCCAAUCAGGGCUUCACUAAAACACACUUAUGGUGCGACAAGCACUAUCGAUUAUCUGUGACGAAGUUUCGUGCGUGGAUGCAAAGUACCGUUGACCAUGCUAUAAAUAAUUUGCCUCAAGAAGAUGGCCAAAGAAUUUUAAAAGUGAAAAACAAAAUCUUUGGGAUAAUUUCAAAAACAUCGGGACCCGCAAACACGAUAACUAUCUUGAAAAAAGACGGUAGCGUGAUCGAUGUCGAUCUAGUUCCGACAUUUUCCUUUCAACUGCCCACUAAACCGUUAAAUUCUAAAAUUGACUUUUCAAAAGUUGAAGCAACAAACAUUCGAAGCUAUUUUCUUGUACCAAAACCAGGGAAUGAUGACUUUAGUUGGAGGGUAUCAUUUCCUUUCCAGGAAAGAUUCCUUUUGCAGGAUAAAAAUAAUUUAAAAAGCGCUAUAAGGCUAUUGAAACACUUCAGGGAUGUUCAAGGAUUUACAAAACUUUCAAGUUACUUUAUUAAAACUCUAUUUUUGUGGGAAUGUCAAGCGAAUGAUGAAAAGUUUUGGAAAAAGAAUUCAUUAUCCUACUUAGUGCUGACCAUGUUGAAGAAGCUCAAGGACUGUUUGGAGCAAAACAGAAUACAAAACUAUUGGUGUUCCAGUCAUAAUUUAAUUGAAAAAAUUAAAACUGACACUUGUCAGAACUGGUAUCAUAGAAUAGCUGUAAUUUUAAGAGAAAUAGAAUAUAUUGGUCAUAGAAAUCCUCAUAUUAUUUUAGAUUACUUUACUGUUAAAAACAAAGCAUAAACAAACUUACAAAAAAUUUCACUACACUAAUGAAUUUUAUUUAUUUUGAAGGUAGUUUUUUAGUCUUGUUUUACUUUUUGCCUGCCGUGAUGCAUGUCACCAGUGUUUUGUAGGAAUAUAAGAAUCUCAAAAUACAACAAGAAUACAAAUGUUAUAGUUUAAAAUAGGAUUCUAAGUUAAUAUUAUUUUGUAACAUCACAAUAGUCAUAGUUGUAAUCCUACAAUGUAUGCUAUAUAAUGUGUUUAGUUUGUUGGUUUGUCCUUCAAUAACACCACAAUAUAGCAACACAAUGUGAUAUUUUUGCAUGGAUUAACUAUAUAGCAUUUAAAAACCGAGAGUGACAAGGUUAGUUUUAAUCAUGGAUUAUAAUUAGUGAGAAUAAGGUAGGUAAUUAUUAUCUAGAAUAGAUAUCAUUAAUAACCCAAAUUUACAUUUUAUUUAGCCUACUUUAAUAUUAUUUAUUAAAAUACAAUGUAUUUUAUCAAAUUGAAGUUGUUUCACUUCCAAAUCCCAAAAUAAUGUUGCU